CGUCCCGUUCGUAAAGACCAUUAUAGCCCGCCACUACAGCCACCACGACCCGACCCGACCUGAUCUUGCGGUACCCCCCAUAUUACUAAAUGAUGAUCAGGGCCUGGUUCUUGGGGUAUUUGCACCCAUCAUAAUGGCUACCGAGUCCGGCGACUCUCCCUUGGCCUCUGCCGGCCUGGCCCUCGGCCCCGAUGAUAUCGCUCUCCCCGAUGACCUCGACACCCAUAGCCCCGCCAGCUCGCGCGAUCCUGGCAGCACCAUUGCAGCUGGCGACUCAGCUUUUCCGCAGGAGUCAGGCAACGAUGGGUACCGAGACGAUGCCCAAGGGGAAUCCGCACAACAUAACAAUGACCUACAACAGAACGAAAAACCCGCAUGGAGCGAGAUGAAGACCAAGGCCGGGAAGGAGCGCAAGCGCUUGCCGUUGGCUUGCAUCGCCUGUAGACGGAAGAAGAUUCGAUGCUCGGGCGAGAAGCCUGCCUGUAAGCAUUGUUCGCGCUCCCGGAUCCCCUGCGUCUACAAGGUCACCACGAGAAAAGCGGCGCCCCGGACGGACUAUAUGGCGAUGCUCGACAAGAGGUUGAAGCGAAUGGAGGACCGGGUGAUCAAGACUAUUCCGAAGGAAGAAACGAGAGACAUGGUCGCAAUUGGCCGGUCGGUGGUCCGGCCGCCACAGCCGGGACAGGCCUCCAAGGCGCACCAGAAGAAGCGCACGGCGGAGGAAGCCUUUGCGGCGGAGCUGGACGAAUGGGGCCGGGGCAGUCGGGAGGGCCCGCAGGACACUUUUCCAAUGCGCCGUGAGAGUAAGCCAGGCGAUGCGUCGGGCUUGAUGACGGAGGGGUCCGAGUUCCUACCAUCGUUGGAGAUUCAGGAACAUUUGGCGGAGGUGUUCUUCGACUGUGUCUACGGGCAAUCUUACCUUCUUCUCCACAAACCCAGCUUCAUGCGAAGGUUGAAGGCUAGGACCGUACCGCCGGUCCUAAUCCUUGCUCUGUGUGCCGUCUCGGCGCGAUUUUCCACUCACCCGCAGAUUAACUCCGAGCCACCUUUCCUGCGCGGUGAGAACUGGGCCAACCCGGCCGCCGCAAUUGCCCUCAGCCGACAUGACGAGCCGAAUAUAACCAUUUUGACCGUGUUCUUAUUGCUGGGGCUCCACGAAUUCGGUACCUGUCAUGGUGGGCGGAGUUGGUCUUUUGGAGGGCAAGCGCUGCGCAUGGCUUAUGCUCUACAACUACAUCGGGAGCUUGAAUACGACCCUUUAAAUGUUCACAAGGGCGGUAACGGGUCCCAGCAGCUCAGCUUCACCGACCGCGAGAUCCGAAGGCGCACUAUGUGGGCAUGUUUUUUGAUGGAUCGAUAUAAUUCGUCUGGGAGUCAGCGCCCGCCAAUUGGCAAUGAAAAAUUCCUGCAAAUUCAGCUUCCGAUCAAAGAGACUCACUUUCAGAUGGAAAUUCCGGGUCCAACGGAAGAUCUGGAUGGCGUCAUUCUCAACCCUGUACCCGAAGACGUGGGCCAACUAUCUAACGCUCGAGACAAUAUGGGAGUUUCCGCUUAUAUCAUUCGCGCUGUCGUCAUCUGGGGGCGCAUCGUUGAUUAUCUGAAUCUCGGGGGCAAGCGAAGAGAUACGCAGCCAUUGUGGUCACCCGAGUCUGGCUACAUGCGCCUCAAACGACAGAUCGAAGAAUUCUCCGCUUCGCUCCCAGGCCAUCUAUUGUUCAACUAUGAGAACCUGCAGAUCCAUGCAGCCGAUCGGAUUGCAAAUCAGUUUCUCUUUUUGCAUAUCAUUAUCCACCAGAACAUGCUCUUCCUCAACCAAUUCGCGAUUCCCCUGUCACCAGGCGGGCGGCCCCCGCGCGACAUGCCAAAGGUCUUCCUGAGCAAUGCUGGGCGCGCGGCAGUAGAAGCUGCGCAUCAUAUCUCGGUUCUUAUAGACCGUGCCUCGGCUUAUCCUCUCACAGUUCCGUUCGCUGGGUACUGUGCAUAUUCCGCCAGUACUGUUCAUAUUUGGGGGAUCUUCUCCAAGAACGCACAGCUGGAGGCCCGGUCCAAGGAGAACUUGCGCCAUACGUAUCGUUACCUCAACAAAAUGAAGAAAUACUGGGGUAUGUUUCAUUAUAUGGUUGAGAGCGCGAAGGAUCGAUAUCGACAAUUUGCAGAUGCUGCUAUCAAGGGUACGGUGAUCACGCAGAAUGGUGGCCAGAUCACCCCCAUGUUCCAGUAUGGCGACUGGUUCGACAAGUAUCCACAUGGCAUGUCAAGAUCGCAUUGGGAGGAGCCCGACCCGGCGGCAAAGGCAAAGAAUGACGAGGGAGUAAUGAGUCAAAGGCCUGAUUUACAAAGUGUUGAGGAGUUCUUCGCCAGCCUCUCGCCCACGCCACAGCCCACUAUGCCGCGUCGAUUUUCGAAGAGGAGCGGCAAGAGCGAUACUGUCGCCGGUUUCGACUCAUCCACCUCCCCACAACCACCAGGUGAGGUAAACAUGGAGGGUGCUCCGGGAAUGCUAGGCACCACUGGAACCGGGUUCCCUCAACCCAGCAUGUUCAAUCAAAACCGGAACGGACAACCACCGUUCGCGCAGUCUGCUUUCGACUUCCCCAUGCCCGCUGCUGAUCAGCUCCCACAACUUGAUCGACAGUUUGUGUAUGGCUCGUUUAGCGACUUCGAUCCUUCGGCUGCAUCAUUUGUGGCCCCUGUACCUGACAAACCAGCCAUGCCGCCCGUGCCACCUGACGUUCCUCCAGACCAAGACCCUUCGACUAUCUUUACCGGGCAAAUCGACCCCAACGCACCAUCAGGCGCAGGGGAGUACUAUCAACCAAGCGCCUGGUUCCUUCCAUUCAACCUCGACCCAGUUGGUGCUGGAGCAGGAGUCAGCCUCGAUCCAGCCUCACAGCCGGGCGGGCCCACCAGCAACCCCGUAGGCGCGCCAGACCUCACCAGCUUCGGAGGUGCGCACGGUAUGCCUAUGGGCCCAUAUGACAUGGGAAUGGGAGUAAAUCGCAGCUCGCACACUUAAUCCUUUGCCAUAUGCGCAGCAUUUAUCUACCUCUUUUACUUUUUGCCUUGUGCAGCAUAUCACAUAUAACUUUUUGAUCUCAGUUUUUCAAGGGAAUGAUUUUUUGGUUGAACGGGCGGUUUUGUUCUGUUUCUUGGAUACAAAGAACCGGAGUUAAAGCGCUAUGCGUUGAGGAUGGUUGGUCGCAUGGUCGAGGUGAU